AUGCUGCACACCGCCGUACCACCAAUGAGAAUUGCCCUGGAUGGAAGACGCAGUACGCUGGCCGCGAAGCUGUUGGCGCCAUCAAAGACCUCUCGCGGGCUGCAACAGAAGCCAUCUUUGAAGCAGCACAGGCACGUGCCUCAUCAGUCGGUCUUCGCGAAUGUCUCUGCCAGCAGACCAAACUCGCCGACGAAGGUGGUUCGUAGGCUGCCGCGAUCUGUCUCUCUUUCUUUCGACAGUUUCGUUUCACUCAUCCAUUUCAAGCGCACAAUCAUCUUGCGCAUGUGGGGCUUCCACCCCAGUGCAAAGAUGCCCAAGCACUACGUUGCGCACGAGAAGAGAUCGGUAGCCAUUGUCUUGAUGGCGAACGCGAGUCGUUCCACAAAUCACCAUCUUUUUCUCCCACCUCGCUCGCGCCUUUCUAAUGACUUACGACAUGGUCAGCGUGUGGUCCUCUGCGUGUCAUCUGACAACACUGGGCUGCUUCCUCAAGCCAUGCAUGAUCGACAAGCCACUGUCAAGAYCUCCUCCGCCGAACAGGAAGCACCUCCAAAGCAAGCCUCUUUCUGCACAUUCGUCUAA